AUGUCCGAUCUGGCCCUACCUGAUGACGAUGACGGCGAUGUCUUCCUCGGCACGAUCAGAGUGAAAUGCCUCGCGCAUGCUGAUGACAUCGUGCUCACUUCGCCUCUCUUCCGCGAAGAGUACGCCAAGUGGUGUACGGGCUCACUCAUCACUUCCACUUGGUCAGAGCUACCAGAGCGCACGGACCUCGACACCCAGACGCGUCAGAGGUACGGCUUGGGAGAUCCUGUAUUGGGCACCCUGCGUCUGAGAUUUCACUGGCGGCAUCUCGCUGCACCUCUGAGCGAGCGGGAAGAAGACUCGAGCCGCACCGCAAAAGGGCAGGAGCUGAAUCGCCGGGCAUACGGUGAAGAUAGCGUCACGGAGCGCGUCCCUUCGCGUCCAGAGCAUGACGCCAUCGCUAUCUUCCCCGACCUACGCGCAACGACAUCGUCAUCGACCUGGAAGAACAAGAACAAGGCGUUCCCACACAUCGUCGGCACGAUCAAAGUCGCAUCCAGCGAACGCUAUUCCACCUUCUGCUCCACCGCCCUCUCAGUCGCGCAUGCCGAUCGUUCGCAGGGCAACCUCAGGAGCACCAGAGUACGCCAGAGUUCCUUCACGCUGCGCGGUCUACCUGCUGACCUGUUGGUGUCUCGCAUCGUCGUCUUUCGCUUUGCCACGUUGGCUGGCUCGUCACACGGACGAUCGAACCGGCUCGCCGGGCGUCAAACGUAG